AUGGCUACCUUUCCCAUCACGAAUGGCAUCACGACAUAUCUCCCGCCGCCCGAGGGAGUCGAGGUAGAUUUCGAGAACCCCCGACGCCGUCAUGCGCUCGACCACUAUCUCAUUUUCGCCCUCCUGGGAUCACUAGCCUUGGUCUGCUUGAUCCAGAGGUUCUACACGAAGCACUACAUUGUCGGAGGAUUGAAGAUAGAUGAUUAUCUGAUCACUCUUGCCUGGAUGGCAUCCAUUGCGAUGCAGUCGACGCAAAUCUGGUCUGUGUCAAUUGGAGGACUGUGUCAUCACGCUUGGGAAAUGCCCAUCAGUGUAUACACUAAUCAUAUGCUUAGUUCUUAUAUUGCGGCACCGGUCUUCAUCGCCUGUAACGGCUUAAGCAAGUCCUCACUUUUAACAUUCUAUCUCCGGAUCUCUACUCAGAAAUGGUUCAAAAUCAGCAUCUGGGCUGCCAUUGCCAUGGUGUGCGGAUAUACGUGCACAAUCGCCGCUCUUCUUCUUUUCGGCUGUCGCCCUAUUCGAUCAGCCUGGGAUCCCUACGUGCCUGGAAAAUGUGUAAACCUGCCAUCACUCUACAUCGCCAUCGCGAGUGCCAAUAUCGUUUCCGAUGUUGUUCUUUUCAUUAUCCCAAUCCCAACUGUCCUGGCCCUGAAAAUGCCGGUUGCGCAUAAAGCCGGCGCAGCGAUAAUGUUCGGAAUUGGGUCCAUCACCGUUGCAACAUCGAUCGUGAGAAUGGCCUACCUUCCAUCUCUUUUAUCAGCUGACGAUAUCCCAUGGGUCGCCGCCUCGGCCAACGUCUGGUCAUUCGUUGAGGUCAACCUAUUCAUAAUUUGUGGUUCCAUGCCUACAUUUCGCAGGUUUCUCCAUCAGUUCGCCCCAAGAGUACUCGGGUCAUGGGAUUCACAGCCAUCAAGGUCCAAAACCCAUGAAACGUCUGCGAGCAGAUCCAGACGUCACAAUCAUACCGGGUACUCACAGUUUGAUGAUGUUGAAAUGAACAGCAUAUCUGAACAAGAAACAAAGGAUCCCAAAGUCAAUGUCGCAAUUGGUGAGCCGGCAACGACGACGGUAGAUUGCGAGGCCGCACCGCGAAACAGCCAUGAUGGAUCUAGCUCAGAGGGAAUCUCCUACACCCGGACCUUUGAGGUCCAGUAUAGUAAUAAAUAA